CAUGCCCGUUGCUUGGGUCUGGGCGAAAAACCACCCCGCACCCACAGUCUGCGAGGGCCCCGCGGGCAUCUCGACGCACCACGGCUCUGCGCAUCACAAAUAAACGCACAUGCAACCCAAUCGAACAUUAGAUACGACCAACGAAUCGAACCCAUCUCUACGUCUCGAACUACAUUGCCGCCAUGUUGAUGCAUGCACAUGUCCUGGGGAGCUACAUAUCGCUAACGUGACGGUGCAACAGCAUGAGAUGACCUUCGAGUCCACCGACGCCGGUGCGUCUCUCACCUUCCCCAUGCAGUGCUCUGCCCUUCGCAAGAACGGUCACGUCGUCAUCAAGGGCCGCCCCUGCAAGAUCGUCGACAUGUCUACCUCCAAGACUGGCAAGCACGGUCACGCCAAGGUUCACUUGGUCGCCAUCGACAUCUUCACCGGCAAGAAGCUUGAGGAUCUCUCUCCUUCCACCCACAACAUGGACGUUCCCAAUGUCUCCCGCAAGGAGUUCCAGCUCGUCGACAUCUCCGACGAUGGCUUCCUGUCCCUCAUGAACGACGACGGUGACCUCAAGGACGACGUCCGUGUUCCUGACGGUGAGGUUGGCGAGAAGAUCAACAGGCUCUUCAAGAUUGAAGAGAAGGACACCAACGUCGUCAUUCUUACCGCUAUGGGUGAGGAGGCCGCCGUUGAGGCCAAGGAGGCCCCCAAGCAGGGCUAAGCGCUGCUACAAUCAACUACAUCAUCAGACAAUGACUUCCACAAGCGCUUAUUUCGUGCGGCCUUGCUGGCAGAUGUUGGCAGACUGGUGACAUUUCUUGCGAUAUUU